CUUUCCCCAUCCUACGUAGGGGUGGAAGUUUGGUUUGCGGGUAAUCCACAAACCGCACCAAACCGCAUACAUUGUGGGUAACCAUACCCAUAAUUUGUGGAUAGUGGGUUGGGCGUGGGUAGCAAAAUAUUGAUUUUUUGUGGUUAGUGGUUAAUCACUAUCCACAACGGUUAACCCACAAAACCCACAAUAAUCACACUAAGUAUAUUUAUUUAUUAAUAAUACUUUGUAAUAUUAAAGUAUGUGAAAAGUAGAAUGCUACAAAUUAAAGUAGGCUCCAAAAUCAAAUAUAUACUUAUUUUAUAAAAUAAAACUAAGUCAAUACACUGUGUUUGUAUGUGAUACUUUUAUUAAAUAAGUAUUGUCCGUGUGGUAUAUGUUUAUUUUAUAACAAAACAAAGACGAUAAAUGUGGUUUAUAGUUUAUUUAACACUUUAUUGAUUUACUUUCUUUUAUGUAGGUUUUUGUUUUUGUGUAAGAAUACGCUAAUUCCGCAACUCGGGAGAGAGUUCCAUUUAUCCACACAAAAAAAAAUCGAAUUAAAAAUGCAAGGAGUCAUGUCGCUGAUAAAGAUGCUAUGUAUAUUAAGAUUAGAUCCCCUCCAAUCCAUACUCGUUAUCAAUAUGCAUUUCCUAAAUAAAGUGAAGUGACAUGUAAGCGAGUGAAGUGAACCGAGGAGAGGGAGGUUGACUACUUAGGAGGUUCCGAAUAUGGGAUCUUCGCUCGUUCCAUGUCUUGGGCUUCUUUACUUAGUUUUAACUCAAUGUGUUUUUUUUUUUUUGCCGUCACUCGACCGAUAGGUUUAUCAUAUACGAGUCUAAAGGGUGAAGGAAGGAAAUUUUUUGUGGGUAUCCACAUCCAACCCGCACUAACCCGCAGUGGACAACGGUUAACCACUACCCACUGUGAGACGGGUUGUGGGUAGUAUAAUUCAUUAUUAAUUCUAUAUUUAUGAAUGUAGUUACCCGCAAAAUGUGGGGCGGAUAACCAAACCCACUCAAAUUUCCACCCCUAAUCCUACCCACUUAUUUCGGUGUGGGCCUCCGUGUACUGAAGUUCAUAACUGCAAAAACAAAUAUGUUCCUAUGUUCUUUUUACUUUAUUCAUUUGAAUUUCUUAAAGGACCCACGAAAUUUGAGUGGCUAAGAUCGGGGAAAUAAUCAGCAUUUUGAUGUCGGCACAGCAGCUCAGAUCACUAAUUGCCAGCUCAUUGGACAUAAUAAAUAUUUCAAAUCCGCCAGUACCACGAAAAAAUAUCUAAAAGUAGACUAUUCCCAGAAAGAAUAUACUUCAAUUUUUUUAAAACCAAAAAAUGGAGAGGCGUUAAACGGAGGAAGAAAGCCCGUAAAACGACAAGCACAGCGAGUAGAGCUGUAGAGUCGCGGAAUUCGUGAUUGCCACGUGGCGAGCAAUUACAAGUCGCCGGAGACUAUCGACGUAGCCAGUCAUCUCCCACGUGUCAGCCUCCGAUCCAACCGUACCAAAUUAAACAAACACCUAAUCACUUAAUUAAUUCUACUAAAAUCCAAAUGACGAAAUGAUCGGAGCUCUGCUGUCUCCCGUUAUAUUAGUCUCCCCGAAUCGCCCCUUUCGCCACAUUACUCCCCUCUCUCUCUCUCUUCCUUUCUUACGACUUCCAAAGCCAUGGCGAAGAAGAGCUUCUUUGAGAUGAAGAUCGACACCGCCAGCAGCUACGGCAGCGACUUGCUCGCUUCCGAUUUCAACGAGCUGACGGCCGCUGCCAAGAAGCUAGCCAUCCACGUCGGCAUGGUCGGUGGUUUCGCAACCAAUUUUCUCCAGUGGCUCGCUGCUAUUUCCGCCAUCUAUCUACUGGUAUUGGAUCGAACGAACUGGAAGACCAACAUUCUGACCGGAUUGCUCAUCCCCUACAUCUUCUUCACCCUCCCUUCAUUCCUCUUCAGCUUCCUCCGAGGCGAGGUUGGGAAAUGGGCUGCACUCGUUGCGGUCGUACUGCGCCUCUUCUUCCCCGACCGCUUCCAGGAAUGGCUGGAGAUGCCGGCGGCGUCGAUUCUGCUCAUAGUGGUGGCUCCCAAUCUGAUCGCUUCCACGUUGAGGAACAAUUUCGUUGGUGUGGCGAUCUGCCUCGUGAUUGCUGGGUACUUGCUGCAAGAACACAUUAGGGCAUCUGGUGGGUUCAGGAAUUCGUUCACCAAAGCCAAUGGGAUUUCGAACUCUGUUGGGAUAGUGCUGCUCUUCGUUUAUCCUGCCUGGGCUUUGAUUACUAAUAUCCUCUGAUUCCGUCAAAAGUGAAAACUCGGCAGGAAUUGAUUCUCCUUUUUUUCUACUGUAAUGCUUGAUGCGUAAAGCGUAAUAAAAAAGGUUGUUCAUUUUCUUCACACACACAUGGAUAUUGAGCUAUCCGCUCGAAGUUAUAAAAAGCGAGAGCGAAAAAUGCGACAGAACAUAAAAAUAAUAUAUUUAUAGCUUAGCGACUAAUAAGGGUGCUAACGAUUGAGAGAUAAUGACACAUUUUUCUUCUCGUCUAGUGCAUCUAAAAGAAUCCUUAUUCGAAUUAGUGAAGCGAGAGUCGCUCUUGCAUACACCCUUAUGGAUCUAUAUUAAGUGAAAGAGUGUCCCACAAUUGUUAGGAACUUCUAUGAGAUAAGGCCAAACUACUCCAACAUCCUCCAUUAAAAAAAAAUUGAUGUGACGAGUCAGUAUCCACAGAUUCAAAAAAAGGGCGUCCCAACAUCAAAUCAAACAGUCGAUGCUUAAUCUUUCCCUUUCUCAUGCCUUAAUCCCGCACUUAUAUCAUACACAUUCCCAUUGUCGAGUUCGAAAAGUUGAUUAAUAUGAUAUUGUCUGUUUCGGAUCAAGUUUGCACUUAUUUGCUUUUGGGUUGCUCCUCAAAAGCCUGAUACUAAUGAAUUUUGGUGGACACUAUAUCCCUCAUAUAUCCGAGGUGGAACUUGGAUUCCACCAUAACAAUUCUCUCAUAAAGAUAAGAACCACAGACUUUGUGGCCUCCCUUCAACAAUUAUCUUGAUAUCACAUACACGUUGUACUGACAGGCUCUUGGACACAAUGAUUUACCAAAUGCAGAUCUUCACUUGAUCCGCUAGCAGAUGAAGAUCUCCUUUGAUCUACCAUAUGCUAAUCUCAAAUGCUGAGGUCACAUAAUGAGGGUCCAGCAAACUAAAGUCUACUGCCCCGAAUCCAAACUUUGAAACUAGGUUUUGGUACUACUAGUUGAGACCAGAUGAUUCAUUAAUAUAAUAUUGUCAAUUUC